AAAACGCACACUCGGGAGGGGGAGAAGGCUUGGAAGCCCUGACACUCGGUUUCGUGUGGAGAGCGGGGAGAGAUGGCGCAUGGCGGAGGCCGAGGCAGGGGCAUGACCCUGCCGGCAUGGAUGACGAAGGAGGGCGGGGAGCAGCCGGUGGUGGCCCAAGCACCUCCGCUGCCUCCUGGUGGGCUCAACGGCAACGGGAACGGCUACCCCAUGGCCCCGGCACAGGGUCAGUUCGCCGACCCCCCGCUGCUGCCACAGCAGCCGCCGCAGCCGAUGUAUGCGGCAGUGCCGCCGCAGCAGGCCCCGCCGCCGGUGCCCAUGCAGCCCCCUCCCCCAGAGCAGCGCGAGAGGGACGGGAGGGACAGUCGGCGGAGAAGGUCGCCUUCCCCUCGACGAGACCACCGAGACAGCAGGCGUAGGGGCGGCAGCCGCAGCCCUCCCAGAGGGGGCGGCGGAGGCGGCUACGGGCGUAGCGGGGGCUACGGCGGUGACCGUGACCGAGGCGGUGGCUACGGGCGCGGAGGGCGCGGCGGAGGAGGAGGGAUCGGCGGCGGCGGGGGCGGGGGGCGGUUCGAGAACCCUCGCAACGAGGCGCUUAACGACCGGGACCGGAUCGAGCGGCGGCGCAAGCGGAGGGCGUUACGGCCCUCCAACUUCGACGUGAAGCCGGACGACCCAACGGCGGUGGCAUUGCUGGAGGCCAGCGCGCAGCAGAUGCUGGUGUCGAGGGGAAGCGGCGUAAUGCAGUCGGCGGCACCGCAGCUGAUGGCACGGCUACCGGGGGCAAGCAACCAGCAGACCCGGCACGCCCGGCGGCUGUACAUCGGCGGGUGCCCCAAGACGACGGAGGAGGAAAUGUCCAGCUUCUUCAACGAGGUCAUCAACCGCGCCCUCGAGUACCCGAUCGAUGGGGGUGCCGUGGCUUCCGUCUACGUGUCUCAGGAGAAGGCGUUUGCCUUCCUAGAGCUCAAGACGAUGGAGCUGGCGACGUCUGUGCUGGAGCUGGACGGGAUCGUGUACAAGGAGACGCAGCUCAAGAUGCGCCGCCCCAGCGACUACAACCCACAGCUUGUCCCCGCGGCGUCUGGGCCGAUCCCCAAGCUCAACCUUUCGGUCCUGGGUAUCAUCUCCAGCACUGUCCCCGACAGCGACAACAAGGUGUUCAUCGGGGGACUCCCUUACAACCUCACGGAAGACCAGGUGCGCGAGUUGCUGAGUGCGUUCGGGCCUCUCAAGUCUUUCCACCUCGUCAGGGACCCUGGCUCGCCCACGUCGAAGGGCUACGGUUUCUGCGAGUAUCUGAAUGCGGGGGUGACCGCCAUCGCCUGCGAGGGUCUCCAUGGAAUGACGCUCGGUGACAAGACGCUCACGGUCCGUCCGGCCACCGAUAGAGGUUCGUCUGGCGGACAACAGCAGCAGCAGCAGCAGCAGCAGCAGCAGCAGCACUACCAACAACAAGCCAUGCCCGGUAUGCAGAUGGGCGGAGGACAACAGAUGGGGCUCACGGCUCCGCCGACUCAGCAAGAACAAAUGCAGCUGGCACAGGCUAUGGCCGCUCUGGACCCCAACGCCUCGCAGGCCGCUAUGGCCUCGUUGGCACAGGGCGGCGCUGGCGCCGUUCCCUCUGCCGCGGCGGAGUCUGCGGUCGCCGCCAACUUGAUCCGCGCCAUCCCGCCAACCCGAGUGUUGGUGAUGCUCAACAUGGUGACCGAGGCAGAGCUGAGGGACCCUCAAGAGUACGAGGACAUCGUGGACGACAUCCAGCAGGAGUGCUCAUCUCACGGCACCGUGCUGUCGAUCAUCGUGCCUCGCCCUGGAGAGGCAGACGCCAGCCGUGCCGUAGGCAAAGUGUUUGUCGAGUACGACACCAAGGACAGCGCGCAGAAGGCCGCUCUCUCGCUCGCCGGUAGGCAGUUCGGCGCGAACAUCGUCAAGGUGGAAUACUUGAACGAGGAGAAAUUCGCCCGUAGGGAGUUCGAGUAAAAACACGGAGGAUGUAUGUCCGCAGGGUAAAGAGAUGAUGCGGACGACGUUCUCAACCGGCGAACGACUUUGCGCUUGGGUUGAGGUUUAGGUCUUGGGAGGCCUCGGUGCCGAAGACAACGGGUCGAGGACCGUCGCUGCCAAUCUCUGUAGCUAGCGUUAACCGGGGUGUACUGUUUUGUGUCGGUUUCGUGUCGUGUUUCGUUUUGUUUUCUUUUCAAGAAUCAAGAAUCAAUCAUUGAGUCAUGCUCUUUUCUUUUUCAAGGAAGAAGGCCACCCCGUAUCCAUGCGUGGACCUUUCGCUUGAUGUGAUUUUAGCGCGGUCUACGGUGACGUUGAUCGGCGUCAGGCAUGGCUGCUUUGCAAAGGGUGAUUAUCCCACCUGUUAGGAUGUAGACUACACUAAACAAGUGACGAUAAAUGAUGCAACUGGGUGGAAAAGAUUGUGGGCGCUACGCCAAUGACGAUCAGGGCCGAUUCGCGUCUACGUAGUUUUGGUUUGGGUUACCGGCCCUCGGCACAUGAGCUUUCUGAGUUCGUUUAUUCGGCACCAUUUUUCGGUGGCUUGUUCUUGUCUCGCCCUCCUGUAGCGUCGGUGGUACAGCCGUAGUCUCAGCAAAAUCUGCCCGGCAGGAAAUCAAGGAACGAAUGAAUCCCGAUGGGACCAGGGGGGUUUAGUGUGCCAGUUAGUUUCGUUGGAAGUAUUUAGCCAGCAGGGGAACAGGGCAGGGGCGUUCAUCGACUGACUUACAGUAGCGUUGUAUGUUUGCCAGGAGAAUUCGCAACUUUUUCGGACGAAAAUCUGAAAACUCAUACAAUAGGGGCAGCGGGAUCUACAGGUGGAGCACAAUUUUUUAG